UUUUUAGAAAAUACCUGUGAUUGAAUAUAUGUAAAUAAACUGGGUUGCAUACUUUUAUAGGUGGUGAAUUUUUUGUAAAAAUCGCCUACAGAGCGGUAAAUUUGGAACAUGAACACCGCAGAAGUCAACCAAAGCGAUCAGCCGCACAGGAACAAUGGAUCCCAAUAUGAAGAUUAUGUUCUUCAUGUGCACAUGCCAAACAAGAGUUUCAAAUCAAUAGCCUUUCAUAAAACUGAAACGGUAUUCCACAUUAUCCGGAAAACAGUUGAAGAGUUUGGCAAGGACGGACAACCGCCGCCGAGCAUUCAGCGAUAUGCAUGUCGAAUGUUGAAUGUCAUAACCAAAGAAGUACUAUGGUUAGCUAGGACAACAUCAAUGGACAAGGUCUUGUCGCACAUACUAUCACCCGGGUGCUCAAAUGUAGAUUGUCCAAACAACGACCCAAUAAAAGCAGAUCUUGCAGAAGGCAAAGACACGCAUCUUGGGCGGCGAUCCGUUAUCACAGGUGUCUGGCGUGUGGAGUUGCGCGUGCGAUAUGUCCCCCAUAAAAUUCAAGACUUAUUCGACGAAGACAAAACUACUUGCUUUUAUUUUUUUGAUCAGGUAAAGGACGAUUAUAUUCAAUCAAAUAUAACUUCCGUUGACGCUGAUGUAGCAGUUCAACUAUGCUGUUUGGGUAUACGCCAUUACUUCAAAAACAUAACGUUGAAAGCUCCAGAUAAGAAGCAACACAUCGAUUACAUUGAGAAGGAAAUUGGGUUUAAAUGUUUUAUUCCUCAAUCUGUGAUAAGCACAACAAAGCCAAAGAAUCUGAAGAAAAUGAUACAGGUCGGAUACAAGAAGGUCUACAAUUACAAUGACAUUGAGUACUUGACAAAGUUUUUCGAUCUUCUCAAAAGCUUUUAUUUAACCGAUUUCGAACAAUUUUCUGUAACCUUGAGCUCUGCUUGGAAUAUAUCAGGAAUCCUGCAUGUUGGUCCGCAUAUUGGAAUCUCUUACCAGACACACCCACAAGCAAGUUUAAGGAAUGUAGCACAGUUUAAAGAUGUCGUUUCUAUUAAAACCUGCGCUCUUCCAAAAGAAAAAGCAUCCAAUGAACUUGAGUUACAAAAUUUAAAAUGCAAUUGCCGAAAAAUUAAAACUCAAAUCAAAAUUUCUGCAUCUAAUAUUACGGAAGAUUUGAUUAUAACAUGCAAUGGAGUAAAUACCGCUGAAAGUAUUGCCGAUCUGAUUGAUGGUUAUUGCAGGCUACUAACGAAAGAUCUAGGAUUUACAGUUUGGGAACGGGAAACAGACUUAGGAGGAAAUGUAAAAAUCUCACCAAAUGCAUCUAACGCUUUGCCAGAUGAUCGAACUUCGUCGUCUCCGACUAAAAGUAAGCCUAUGCUUACGGAUGAUUAUGCUGAAAUCGGAUUAUUAGAAGGGGAGGGUGAUUACUCUACACCCACAGUGCGCAAUUACGAGCUUGAUCGAUCUCAAAUAGUUCUAAGUGCGAAAAUUGGGGUCGGUCAGUUUGGAGAUGUUUAUGUUGGAACAUAUACGGUUCCAAUAUCAGCUAAACCGAAAAAUAAAAGGAACGAGAGUUCUUCAAAUAAUAUCGAUGCCAAAUAUGAUGUAAUGCAAGUAGCCGUUAAGACAUGUAAAACAAACGAGAAUCCAGAAAAGACAGAAAAUUUUCUUGCCGAAGCAUAUAUAAUGCAGAAGUUCGAUCAUCCACAUAUUAUCCGGUUGAUUGGUAUUUGCAGUUUAACGCCCAUUUGGAUAGUAAUGGAAUUAGCUAAGCUCGGUGAAUUGCGCGCGUACUUAAAAGCCAACAGUGAGAGAUUAAGUCACGGAACUUUGCUUAAAUAUUGCUACCAACUGUCAACAGCGCUCAGCUAUUUAGAAUCUAAGAAAUUCGUUCACAGAGAUAUUGCGGCGCGAAACGUUCUUGUGAGCACACCAACUUGUGUGAAGCUGGCUGAUUUUGGAUUGUCGCGCUGGGUUUCUGACCAGUCCUAUUAUCACUCAACUCCCACAGUUGCACUGCCCAUUAAAUGGAUGUCCCCCGAGUCAAUCAAUUUUCGAAGAUUCACUACAGCUAGUGAUGUGUGGAUGUUUGGUGUUUGCAUUUGGGAGAUACUUAUGCUAGGUGUUAAACCAUUUCAAGGCGUGAAAAAUAGUGACGUCAUCACAAAGCUGGAAAAUGGGGAGAGAUUGCCAUUGCCACCGAACUGUCCGCCCAGACUAUACUCACUUAUGUCUCAGUGCUGGGCUUACGAACCGCUGAAAAGGCCGAAUUUUAAACGGAUAAAGGAAACCCUUUAUGAAAUUUUAUUAGAAGACAGUAUGAACUCAUCUGAGACAAUGAGAAGGGAGCACCGUCGACUUGCAGGUGUAUCUUGGAUUGGCACUGAAGACAGCGACAUUCCUCCAUUAAAGCCAUCCCGAACAGUAAAUGACACUGAUAUUCCAAGCAUAUUGAAUACGUCAGAGGAAAACAGGACUCUACCCCAGACCUAUAUUAUUGCCCAAAAUCCGGCUGUGCUCGCCAGAUUAAUGAUGGAGAAUCAAAAGCGAGGCAUAAAUCCUGCAGCCUACACCACACCCGCUUCGGUAUUUAAUACUUUAGCCGUAGGAAUAGAUUCCAGUAAAUCGAAUCAUUCGCUUAAAACUACUAAGCUCCCCGCAGCGGAGCUCCUAAAACUCGAUCCUGUCGCUGAUUCAGAUAAACUUCAAAAUCAAUUUCCAAUAACCAGCACCUCUUCUCAAAAUCUUUAUCCAUCUUCAUCACCUGUAAUUAGUUCUUUUGACUCGACCUUUAUACCAGCAUAUUUACACCCUAUGAAUAUUAGGCCUCAGCCGGUAUCAGGAUAUGUGUCAGAGAAUUUGCCACUGAAAAAUAACUUUAUACUAAGUGCACCAAACACGGAUGAUUUCCACAUGAAUCAAGUGCAGAUGGACAGCAAAUCUGGCAACCCAACGGCUAGGGUCGCAGGUUAUAGUCUUUAUGGCAGUCUCGAACGGCACCAACCACAGAUGGAUAAGCCGAUGCACUCAAAGGGUGGAAGUCUGGAGCGUCAUCAAUCGUUAAUGGCAGCGCAAAACAUGAUUUUUCACAAACAAGGCACGAGUUUUUCAGAGCGUUCCAGGGGCAUGGAACGCAAGAGUCAGUGCCAUGCAUAUCGUCAACAAAUGAAAACAUCAACCGAAUGCGAGUCUCUGCCCGAAGAAAUCUACGACUUUGGCGGGGUUGGCCUAAAAACCUGUGUGUCUGUGAAAGAAAACGCCCAUUCGGUCUCAUUAUUUAAUGCAUCCGCAAUAAAUUCGAAUAUAAUCGGGCAAGAAUACAAAUGCCCUCAGAGCUUCGGCGGAAAGCAAAGCGGCUUAUGCACUAAAACUUCAUUAAACGACUUACAAGAAAUUCCACGAGAGUGGGAGCCGCAGUGGACAACGGUUGCUACGCUAAGAACAGCUACGGUUGAUCCUAAGAACGAUAAUUUGGAAGGAGCAGCUUGUAUUCAAAUAAAUUCAGAUGUGGGAAAUCAGACCAUUCCCAAACCAAUUGGUGAACAAUUGUGGCAACAACGCAAGGACAGCAAUAGCGAUGGUGAAUGGCUGUAUCAGGAAGAACUGGUCAGAAAGAGAUCCAGUCCAAUACCAGGUGAAGUUGAAACCGAGGUUUUGAUAAAACAUCAGAAUUUUAAACCUGAUUUGAUUUCAGAAGGCACAAUAGGCUUUCCUGAUUGUUCGAAUUCGAAGACAAGGCCAAAAAUACCCAGCGCAAAUGUAUUUUCACUUAAGCUUAAUAACUCGCCAUCGGAUCACACGGUAUCUUUGGCAGCAGAAGAAAGCUUAAAGUCUAGAAAUAGCGAAAAUCAAGAUUCUACUCGACCAAUAAAUCGAACAAACGAUGAGGUGUACUGUGCUACAACCGCAGUUGUAAAGUCAAUAAUGGUACUUUCUCAAGGCGUUGAAAAGGCGCACAUUGAUGGUUACUUGCAUUUGGUCAAAAAUGUCGGGGUCGAGCUAAGGAACCUUCUCAAAUCAGUUGAUAAUAUAUCAAUACUAUUUCCGGCCCAAGCCUUGAAAGAGGUAGAGAUGGCGCACAAAGUUCUUUCCAAAGAUAUGCAUGAUUUAGUGUCAGCAAUGCGGUUAGCACAUCAAUACAAUGAUACUACUCUGGAUAACGAAUAUCGAAAGAGUAUGCUGUCGGCUGCACACAUCUUGGCCAUGGAUGCGAAGAAUCUUUUCGAUGUAGUUGAUUCAAUAAGGAAUAGAUAUCAAACUAUUUCAAUGACAAACACAAACAAGCUUGCCAGAAAAGAAUCAAGUAGUUCGUUAAACUGUGAAUCCGCCCAAUCGCCUCCCGAUAAUGGCUCAGCCGCAUCACCUCUUUCUAUUGCUGCUGAACCGAUUGCAAAGUGUAUUGCUGACAUUAGUCUAUACGACAAUGAAAACAUGCACCAAGGCUUUAAUAUGCAAAAUUUACAAUCUGCUAGUUGCAGUGGUAUCGUUGGUGAAGGAAAAACUAAAGGCACCCUACAUAGAGGAAAUGAUAUUAGCCAUGAGACAACAGGAAAUUCAAAUGAGCCGUUAAAAAUAAUUGAAGACACAUUAAAUAAUCCGGGCGAGCACAUGUAUUGUAAUACAUCCACCUUACAUGGCCACGCAUAAAUCAAAAAAAGGUUCUAUCCUAUUUGUUCUUAAGAUAGUAUAUGCUAACAUUCUGUGUAUAUAACAAACCAAAAUAAGUAUGUAAUUAUGCAGGUGUUUUUUUCACAAAUGCGAAAUUCAUCUCAAGAACUCAUACAUACAUAUAUAUUGCAAGUUCAUACAAAAUGACGAACACUCAACGUCGGCCGGCCGCAAUGAAAUGCAUUAUUAAAUCGUCAAGUAGUCAAAAUACUUUAAGAAGUAAAACGUGUUUCUGUAAUUGAAAAAUGAAUAAAUAAAUACGUAAAACAUU